AGAAAAAAUAUUUUGCUAUUUAAAUGGAAGACACUGAACAGACAAUAAAUCGCGACUUUUCCUACUCAAAACUACCGGAAAUCUCAUUGUCAAAUAACAUUAAACUAUUGGAAAUAAAUAUUGAAAAUAAUGAAGAGAAAAGUUUUUUACCAACCAAAACAUCGAUGGAAGGUGAAAUCGAAACUGAAGACAAAAAAAAUAAUGUAGAAUCAACUAUCAAGCCAGGAAAAUUAUGGUUUUCAAGAGAGUUUUUAGUACAAUUUGGUAUUAUUUACGUUGCAAGUUUGUUAAUGUUUAUUACUGGAAUGCAUACCGGAUGGGUCGGACCAACAAUCUUAAAAUUAUCUUCAAAUAAUUCAGAAAUACCACUCACGUCAACAGAAGUCUCAUGGUUAGCAGCGAUGGUACCAUUUGGUGGUGGAAUUGGUCCAACAUUUGGUGCAAUAUUGGCCAAUAAAAUUGGACGUAAAAAUACAAUCUUAUUGACAACUGUACCAGAAAUUUUUACAUGGAUUACAGUUAUAUUAGCAAAAGACAGUUAUUGUUUGUGCAUAGCACAAUUUAUAAGGGGUGUUACUGGUGGAUCAGCAUUUGCAGUUAUACCAAUGUAUGUUGGGGAAAUAUCUUCACCCAAAUUCCGUGGAAUAAUGGGAACGCUUUCUGUUUUACAACAUCAUGCUGGAUUAUUUUUUGAAACAGCACUAGUGCCAUAUAUUUCAAUAUCUUCAAAUGCAGGGAUUGCUAUAACAAUACCUACAUUUUUAAUUUUAGUUUUCAUUUGGAUGCCAGAAUCACCUUACUAUUUUUUAAUGAAAAAUCAACGAGAAAAUGCCGGGAAAUCUUUAAGAAUAUUAAGCCAAAAUAAUAAAAUCGAAAAACAAUUAGAUCAAUUGGAAAGAAUUGUUCAAGAGGAACAAAAUGAAGUGCAAAAUUUUACCGAAAUAUUUCGAGUUAAAAAUAAUCGAGUUAGUUUUAUUCUAUGUCUAGGAAUUAUGUCCAUUCAACAUUUAACAGGUUUCGUUCCUUUACUCGUAUAUGCUCAGCUAAUAUUAGAUAAAUCCAAUUCACCAAUUGAUCCUUACAUAAGUGGAAUUAUAAUCCAAGGUUUUGGUCAGCAGCUACAACGCAACGGUAGAGAUAAAGAUGGUAGUUAUGGCACGUUUGCCUAA